UAUUACCACCUAUAUAUCCAAACUGAAAUUUAUCUUUUAUCUUAUCAUAUAACCCUAACGAAAGGUGUAGCUUAUUGAGUGGAGUGCUUCGACGUGAAAGUAGGUAUACGGUAUAAUUAUGGAAAAACUGCAGAUCAUAGUGUUAGCUUCGGCUGUGGCAUAUUUAUCUACAGUCUAUGGCCAGUUGAAUGGAGUUAGAGAGAACCUGCGACCAUGCUACAACAUUUCGGCUAUGCCCGGAAUCCUCAUCGCAGACAACAGACCACCGGAAAGCCUGAACGUUUUUCUAGAGAUACUAAGGCGAUUAGAAGACGCCAAUCCAACCAAAUCGGCGGCUGAACUUUCGGUACUACUUAUUCAGAGGCUUCGACAAGAUGGAAUCAUCUUCACUGGAGGAAACACUGACCCACUAUAUGCCAUAGCAUUUAGUUCAAUUGGAUAUGAAGCAAUCAAAGGAACUCUUAUUGGCCAAAGAUUCUUGCAAAACCUCACCACAGAACUUUUUUAUGGAGAUCUUGAUCCUAUGGAAAUCUGCACCUUUCACUAUAUGAUAUCUAGUAGCAUAAAUACCACAAUGAGAGGGGAUGAAAAAACAACAUGCAUGAGAGCGGCCCGAUACACAUCCAGAAUACGAAGAAGUGAUGACAACAUUGAAUUAGCAGACUUCGCCCCCCGUUCGUGGAUGGGAUCCAUUAUCAAUGAUACUAGUCAGUGCCCACUGGAAAUGGGGGUGUUCCACACAAAUUACGGAACUAUCAAGGGUGGCCAGGUUCUGAAUGGAAUUGCAACUGGAGCUUACCAACAAGACGUGAAUGGUUGCGAUAAUAGAUAUGCUGCAACUAUUUCAGGUGAAUUGGCCGAGGCGGCCUUAGUUCAGACCAAAAACAUAGUAAAAGUCGGUGUUUCCGGUGGUUGGAACAGUACCAUAAGCCCAAAGUAUUAUUUUCUGCAGCAAAACAACAAUCUGGAUGUCACUAAUGCAGAAAUAAGAGGUUCCUUAGAUGGUUUAUACAUGUCCCUGAAAAUGAAGGACUGGAAAUCCUCAGAUAUAAAAAUAUCGCAAAUACUAGACAUGUAUUACUCGCCCUAUCAGAGGGGAGUAUUCGAUUCUUCUUUCAGAGCAUGCAACAGAAAUAUCCUCUACAGUGAAAUGGUAGCAACAGAAAAAAUUCGGGAACAAACAAUUGCUUUUAUGAGUCCUCUUGAUGAUGCUGGGACAUUUCCAAACACAAUCAGUCUUAGUUCUCACUCGCAAUUCGGAAAUGGCGCUGUAGACAGCUUCAUCAGUGCCAUGCCGAGCCUAAAAGAUUUGGCUUGUGCUCCGACAGAUCAAGUCAUUGAAAGAGUGUCGAGCGAUUUGCACAUCUUCUUAGAUCCCAGUUGGAGUUACACCACUGUACAACCAUUGCUUUCCUACAUCUUGGAUAAUAUCGACGUGAACAAAUUUGGAUCCAGAUACACACUUUACAGUGGAUCCGACGUAGUGAAUGUCACAAGCUACGGCACUAGAUAUCUAUUAGAAUUUUACAAAAAGUACAACUCAUCCUCGCACCAAAAUCUAAGGUCCGACUUCGACUAUUCCAAAGUGUUCCAAACCAUUGAAUCCAUAGCUAAAUCAAAACUGAAUAACAACACUUAUGCCGGUGGUGAAUCUACAGUAGCUCUUUUGCUACCACGAACAAUGCCGAAUGAAAGUCAAAAAACCUUCUUGAAUCAGAGAAAAGAGAUCUUCAGACAGUUCCUACCAGAUUUAACAAUCCUCGUUGUGGGAUCUGGAACGCAGGGCGAUUAUAAUUCUGUCUUGGCCAAUCCCAGCAAAGAUUUUAUUCCGUUAAGCGAAUCUACUAACGAGAAUGACAUCAAGACUUUGGGAGAGACGGUAGUCACGAGAAUAAAAGCCAUUCCCAGGUCCAUUGUGAACCCAUCCUGCGGCUCAGAGCUGGUAGGUACCACAAAUACGUUCACCCUGACUGACUACGUGGAGCCAAAAGGAGUGAACAAGUACAGAAUAUCCCCCAACUACUUCUACGCAGGACAGGGUACCAGGAACCUGAAAAUAACUGAACUCAGCUACGGCAGCAUCACAGUGUGCAUUUCGAGCAAUCAACCUGUCAACCAAACGAACGAUUGUGAAACUGCAAAGUCAUCCGUCUUGACUAGAGAUUUGUCAACGUUUUGUAGGGGAAAAUUAUCGGAUUGCACGCCGAUAUAUAUUUCUGUCACAGGAAAUACUACGCUGAACAAAUGUAAAGGGCCAGAUGUGCUGUGCCGUUUCCCAGAUAACAUCAAGUACACUAUAUCAUUGGAAAAUGUCGGCUGUGCAAGUGGCACUAUUCGUUUAGUAGCAAAUAUUAUCUUAGUCUUUACUUUAUAUGUGGCUUUAAGAUUUUGAAAAUAUAAUUUAUUUAUCAAUG